AUGGAGCGUUUCGAUUCCAUCCUCAACUUGAAGUCUAAAUCGGUCUUACAGGAAGAAGUAGAUUUUACAUUACAGAAAGAACGUAUCCAGGAAUGUUUUGACGAACUUUUGAACGAUUUGAAAGCUCUGCAAAGAGUAGAAUCGUAUCUCCGGAACCAAGCAAAGGAUGGAGAUAAUACUUGGAAGCAAUUGCUUGAGAUUUUGAGAGAUCAAAAAGGUUAUUCGGAUUUUCAAAAGAUACUAAAAGAUUUAGACAAAAAUGUAAAAAAAUCGGUAGAAUGUUCGACAACUGAUCUCACGGCUCAGCUUAUUCGCGAUACGAUCAAACAUGUUCAAGCUAUCAGCCAAAAAUCACUGCUGUGCCCUCCGAGUCCUCCGAUAAUCAUAAAGAACCGUGCCGAGCAUGAAACGUUCCAUUGGAAACGUGUAAUAACCCUGCAGGAAAGUAAAAUCGAGUCUUUAAACCGAAAGAUCGAAGAAUUAGAACGUAAAAUAAAAGAGCGGAUUGCUCAACGUCAGAAGCUUCAGCAACGGAGCGAGUCAGAAAAGCAAGAACAGUUGAACGCUUCACAACACAUCCUGGUCGAGAUGAAAUUGGAAGGCGUUGGAAUCAUUCAGCGACUGGAGGACCAACUUGCCAGUCAACCAAAUUUUGAAACCACACCGGAAUAUCUGUCUCAGCUUGACAAACACGAACUUAAAAGGAAGCGAAUCGCCAAAAUGGAAGUACAGCUGCAGCUGUGGAUCAAGAAGUACGACAAGUUCAUUGGUGAACCAAUGCCUUCUUUGCUGGCACUGGAAGAACGAAUGACAGGUCUCGAGGAGUGGAAGGACACCGAACUUCGGCCACAGGAAGUGCAAUUGCAUCAAUUGCGUGAACAGAUUGGUGUUUUUGAGGCGGUAGCUUUGGAAGAGAAAAUUGAGAAAAUGCGUAAGUUGCACGCGGUACGUGUGCUUCAGAGAGCUUUAAAGCGAACGCUAGAAAUUAGGCACGCUAAGAAAAAAGGCAAAAAAUCGAAAAAAGAAAAGGGAAAGAAGUGA